AAGGGGUUUAAAGGCUGCACCCCAGGGUGCAAAGCGGACAGAGCUCCGGCCAUGGAUUCCGUGUGGCUCCUCCUUUUGACCGCCCUUCUGGGGCUGCUGGUCCUCUUGGCCCGGGGUCCCCCCGCUUCCCGGAGAGGCCGCCUCCCCCCAGGUCCUCGACCUUUGCCUUUACUGGGCAACGUGCUGCAGAUGGACCGUCGUGGCCUCCUGAAAUCCUUUCUGGCGCUUCGGGACAAAUAUGGGGAUGUAUUUACCAUCUAUCUGGGUUCCCGACCUGUGGUUGUGCUAUGUGGGCCUGAGGCUGUGAAGGAGGCCCUGGUGGAGAAGGCUGAGGAGUUCAGUGGCCGAGGACCCAUCGCCAUGGUUCACUCAGUCUUCCAGGGGCAGGGGGUUAUCUUUGCCAAUGGUCAUACGUGGAAGACUUUGCGCCGAUUCUCUCUGGCCACUCUCCGGGAUUUUGGGAUGGGGAAAAGAAGCAUUGAAGAACGGAUCCAAGAGGAGGCUCAGUGCCUGGUUGAGGAGCUGCGGAAAUCCCAGGGAGCCCUAUUGGACCCCACCUUCCUCUUUCAUUCCAUCACGGCCAACAUCAUCUGCUCCAUUGUAUUUGGUGAACGCUUCUCCUAUCAUGAUGACCAGUUCCAAGACCUGCUGAACAGAUUCAAUGAAACAUUUGCUCUCACAAGCUCUACCUGGGGCCAGUUGUUUGAGCUGUUUUCAGGUUUCCUGAAGUUCUUUCCUGGUCCCCAUCGGCGUGCUUACAGCAACUUGACAAUCAUCAAUGACUACAUUGCUGACAGUGUGGAGAAGCACAAAGAGAGCCUGGACCCCAGUGCCCCCCGAGACUUCAUUGAUGUGUACCUGCUCCGUAUGGAAAAGGAAAAGGGAGACCCUAGCACUGAGUUCCACUACAAAAACCUCAUCCUCACUGUCUUGUCACUAUUCUUUGCUGGGACUGAGACAACCAGCACCACCUUGCGCUAUGGCUGCCUCAUGCUCCUCAAAUACCCCUGGGUGGCAGAGAAAGUCCAGGAUGAGAUUGACCAGGUGAUUGGGAGGGAUCGUCCUCCAGAGCUCAAAGAUCGACUCCAAAUGCCAUAUACAGAUGCUGUCAUCCAUGAGAUCCAGAGAUUCAGUGACCUCAUCCCUCUGGGUGUACCCCAUUGUGUGACCCAGGAUACUUCCUUCAGGGGCUACCUUAUUCCCAAGGGCACUGAAGUGUACCCUCUCCUGAGCACAGUCCUGCAUGAUCCCAAGUACUUUGAGAAGCCUUAUGACUUUGACCCCAAUCAUUUCUUGGAUACUCAAGGAUCUCUGAAGAAGAGUGAGGCUUUUAUUCCCUUUUCUUCAGGAAAGCGAGUCUGCCUGGGGGAGGGCAUUGCCCGGAUGGAGCUUUUCCUCUUCCUCACCACCAUCCUACAGAACUUCUCCCUGAGCUCCUCCAUGGUUCCUGCCAGCAUUGACCUCACUCCCAGGGAGAGUGGAGUGGGCACUGUGCCUCCCAUCUACAAGCUUGGAUUCCUCCCCCGCUGAAGGGAGCCAAGGCUGAAGCCUGGAGAAGCUGUCCCUGAGCCAACCUUUCUCUUGUCAUCAAAUAUACCAUUUCAGAGGUCAGCCAGGGGAAGCAGAUCCUGGAAGGGACAUAGCACCACUUACUAUCCUCACAUGAGGGAAUCUUGAGCCAAGAGGAGGA